AUGGCAUCAGCUGCACAGAGAAAAGGGAUGAGUCCAAAACCAAAACUUACUGAAGAGCAGAUCCAAGAGAUCCGGGAAACCUUUGAUGUUUUUGAUGCUGAUGGAACUGGGAUCAUAGAUGUCAAAGAAGUUAAGGUGCCAAAGAGGGCAUUUGGCUUUGAACCCAAGAAAGAAGAGAUCAAGAAAAUGGUAAGCAAAAUUGAUAAGGAAGGCCCUGGGAAAGUGAAUGCUAGUGAUGUUUUGGUUGUCGUGACUCAGAAAAUGUCUGAGAAAGAUACCAGAGAAGAAAUUCCAAAAGCUUUCAAGCUCUUCAAUGAUGAUGAAACUGGAAAAAUAUCAUUCAAAAAUCUCAGAAUAAUGUUCGAGGAGUUGGAUGAUAACUUUUCUGACAAGGAGGCUGCAGGAAAUGAUUGA